AUGUCCGACGACCUCGAUUAUUUGUCUCCGGACUUCGACCUGAAUUCUCUGACUGUGCCACGUCUUCGCUCUAUCCUCGUCAGUCACGACGUACCGUAUCCCGCAUCGGCCAAAAAGGCCCAGCUUAUCCGCAUUCUGGAAGAUGAGGUUCUUCCUCAGGCGAGAAAACUCCUCCGGGAGCGCGAGAGAGUGAGAAGGACGAGCGAAGGAAUCACAAACAUGCCAAGUCGCGAGUCGUCAGUCAUUAGUGAACAAGAAUUCGAGCGGGAUCGCAUCGCACCAACGCCAUCGUCGGUGUCUACUGCUGGGCGAAGAGGUCGGUCUAAAGCCAGCGCACGCGCAUCAACUGUUGAUACAGAGGAGGCUAGUGUUACCGCCACUCCGUCGUCCAGAAGGACUACCAGAUCACGGCGGUCGCAAAAGACAGAAGCAGAACCUACUGAUGAGCAUCUUACGACUCCUGUGCCUUCUAAUACAGUCACGCCUCGUCCAUCCACCUCGAAUAGACAUCGAAGAGAUCUGACCCCCACGCAGGUAGAGUCUCGGGACAUGGAAUUCAAGGCAGAGCCUAAGAGCGAAAGUGUUUUUACGGACGACAAUCCCUUCCAGAGCGGGUCUCCGGCUUCCUGGGAUCAGAGAAAACUCGGCGGAAUAAGCCCAGAAAAGAAAAGAAACAGUAGCGCACGUCACUCUAUGGUGAAGUCCCCUAUAAGAACACCAGCUAAGGAAGCGAGACUUCGCAAAUCCGAAACUCCGGCAUAUAUCAAGCAUGAAGAUUUGGAUGAAACAGGCCAGUCGCUUGCGGCUUAUGAACCGCAUGAAACGGACAGCGAUAUUGGUGAAGAGUUUACUCCUGAGGAGCAAUUGGCGUUGGAACGGGAGCAGGCGGAUCUGAUGUACCCUCCCGUACAUCGCAAACGCCUGCAGAAGCCGGGACCAGUAGGUCGGGCCGUUCCUUGGCUAAUCAUCCUUACGCUUUUUACAAGCUUUGGUGCUUGGUGGCGCAAGGAAAAGAUUGAGAUUGGAUUCUGUGGCAUCGGAAAACCGACAUGGUCACUUGCUGAGACUAAGGUUCCUGAGUGGGCCAAUGUCCUCGAACCUCAAUGCGAACCAUGCCCACCCCAUGCGUUUUGUUACCAUAAUUUUGAGGCUCGAUGCGAGCAUGACUUUAUUCUCACUCCUCACCCGCUGUCGCUUGGGGGUCUUGUUCCUCUUGCACCCACAUGCGAACCCGACAGCGAGAAGGCACGCCGUGUGAAGGCUGUUGCCGACAAGGCUGUAGAGGAACUUCGCGAUCGGAGGGCAAAAUGGGAGUGUGGACAGCUUUCUGAAAGCAGCAAGGAGACCGCGGGGCCGGAUAUAACCGAGGGGGAUCUUAAGAAGGAAGUUGCAAAGAAACGCAGAAAAGGAAUGACGGAUGCGGAAUUCGAUGAUUUGUGGAAAGGGGCGCUGGGCGAUAUUAUUGCGAAAGAGGAAGUUGUGGCCAAAACAGACCAAUCAUCGUCUGUCCUUACCCUCACAUCUACAUCCGUCGCCCGCCUCCCCCUCUCCUGCGCCAUCCGCCGCUACGUCAGGCUCUCUCUCCUCGCGUAUCGACUACCUCUUUCACUUUUAAUAAUAUGCAUCGCUGCCGCGACAUAUGCGCGCGCUCGGGUGCGUGCACGCCGCUCCGACCUCGCUCGCGUCCCUGAGUUGGUUGCAACGACUCUAGACCGCCUAGCGGCGCAGGCGGCUUUGCAUGCACGAGGUCAUGCCCAUGAACCCUACAUCUCAAUUGGACAACUCCGCGAUGAUGUGCUCCGAUCGGAAUUGCGAGGCAACCGGCGCGAGGAGAUCUGGAAGCGUGUUCGUAAUGUCGUUGAGGGGAACGCUAACAUCCGGGCAGCGGUCCGCGAAGGCCGUGGUGGAGACGUUGCCCGCGUUUGGGAAUGGGUUGGAGGCAUUGGCAGUGUCGGAAGACAAAUUGAGGGAAGCACGGAUAAGGCGCAGUUCUCCCCCUUGGCAACUCCAGAAACCCGUUCCCCUGGUGCUCUGGAUGCGAUACCCUGUGACAGCCAGCAACAAGCUGUGCGCAAAUGGGAUGAGGGGAGGCCGAUAUACUGA